CUUCACACUAACAUUACGUAUGUCAUUGAUUUUCAUGUAUAGUGCCAACAAGCAUGUUCCAGUUAUUUACGUCUGAAAGCUUGUAGAACGACUGAACCAGACCAAAGAUGCAAUGGAAGAACCUAGGAAUAUCGAAACAGUAAGCUGGAGUGUUGCAAAUUUGAAAUUACAAGAAUGGAUAGAAAACUUAACGUAUGUAUCGGAAUUGAUGUUGGUGGCACUAACACUGACGCUGUCGCUCUUUUGAAUGGGAAGGUUGUUGCAAAAAGUAAACAACCUACAACUGCUUUGACCACAAUUGGAGUUAAGAAAGCCCUAGGAUCAGUUCUUCAACAAUUGGCAAGGAUCUACGAUGGAAGCGAUGUCGGAGUUUGCCGUGUGAAUAUAGGUACAACAUAUUUUCUCAAUGCUGUUUUGCAACGAAAAGGUUUGGCACCUGUUUCAGUAAUACGACUGUGUGGUCGUGCUUCUCGAUCUUUGCCACCUUUCUGCGAUUUUCCUCAAGACUUGCGUCAUGUCGUGUACAAAAGCUACCAUUUUGUUGAUGGAGGAUAUGAAUUUAAUGGCAAAGAAAUAGCGCCUGUAAGACCAGAUGAAGUUCUGCAGGUCAUAAAAGAAUUAAAAGAAAAUGGUGCAAAACGUCUUGUUGUGUCAGGCAUAUUUUCAAUUACGUGUAACAAACAAGAACUUGAUGUUGGCGACCUUCUAAGAAUUGAGUAUCCUGAAGCUAGUUUCACUAUGUCACACCAAAUAGCAAAUCUUGGACUCCUGGAUAGGGAAAAUUCAUCAAUUCUAAACGAAUGCCUGAAGCCACUGAGUAAAAUUGCAAUGUCAGCUUUUACUGAAGUAGUGAGAGAUUUUGGUUUGGCAUGCCCUGUUUAUUUCACUCAAAAUGAUGGUACAAUUAUUUGUGCCGAAAAAAGUUUAAAAUUUCCUGUGUUUACAUUUUCGUCUGGCCCAACAAACAGUAUGAGAGGUGCAGCCUUCUUGUCAGGAAAGCAAGAUGCCAUUGUAAUUGACAUAGAUGGAACUACAACUGAUGUGGGAGUGUUAGUUGGUGGAUUUCCUCGACUCUCAUCAACCAAGGUGAAUUGUGGUGGAGUGACAACCAAUUUUCAAAUGCCUGAUAUUUUUAGUUUUGCUGGAGGUGGAUCAAUUGUAUCAAGUCAUGAAUCCAAGCCAGUUAUUGGACCACACAGUGUUGGGAACGAACUGAACACAAAGUCGUUAGUGUUUGGAGGAUCUGUUUCAACUACUACUGAUUUUGCUGUGGCAGCUGGGUUGUGUAAUAUUGGAGAAGCCAGCAAAGUUUUGCAUCUUGAUAACUGUCUAGUUGAUGCUGUGAUGAUCUCUUGCAGAGAAAUUCUGGAGUACUGUAUUGACCAUGUUAAGGUUUGUGCUGGUGACCAGCCUGUCAUUCUUGUGGGAGGUGGUGUUGCCUUGGUGGAUGUUACCAAGUCAUUGCAAGGAGCCUCUUUCAUGACAAAGCCUGAACAUUUUGAGGUGGCUAACGCAGUUGGGGCAGCCUUAAGUCAAGUUAGUGGUGCUGUUGAUCAUGUGUUUGAUAUGAGUUGCACAACUCGUGAAAAGGCUUUGGAAAAGGGGCAAGCUCUUGGUAAAAAACGUUGUUUAUAUAAUGGUGCCCAAGUUGAGUCUGUUGUGAUUGUUGAAAAAACUGAAAUUCAGUUAGCUUACCUCAAAGGGCAUGCACUGCGUUUGAAAGUCAAAGCUGUUGGAGAUUUAGGAAUUGAUAAGAAUCAGCAAAGUUCCCUCGUGUCUGCUGCUAGUUUGGAAGACGCUAAAGAUAGAAGAGAAAUUGACGUAAAGAAUAACCGUACAGAGAUUUCUUCAAGCGAAGAUGAAUUGCAGGAAACAGGAUUAGACACAAAAAUACUUUCAAUAGACGUGAAAAUAGCAGAACUGAAUGUGGAUCGUUCAAGUGGAGAAUGGCUACUUAAUGAAUACGAUGUAAAUUGUAUUGCAACUGGGGCAGGUAUAUUGGGUUGUGGUGGUGGAGGUAACCCUUACCUCGGCAGGUUGAGUGCUAUCUUGGCUUUGAGGUCUGGCAAAGAGUUGCGGAUUAUUCAUCCAGAUAGUCUUCCUAACCGUGGUCUUGUUAUACCUGUUGGUUUCAUGGGAGCUCCGUCUAUUUUUAUUGAAAAAAUUUUUGCUGGUGACGAACUACUCCUUGCUGCCGAGAAAAUGCAAAUUUUUUUAAGUUGUAACGAAAAAGAUUUGGAAUAUACAACGUCGAAACGUGGCGUGAAGUACGUGAAGAAUUUGCCAUCAAAUGAAAUCAAUAAGAUAGAAAACGACAAAAGGAUUGUCGGCGUAAUGUGCGCUGAGAUUGGGGGAGCUAACGCUAUUUUGCCGCUCGUCCUCGGUGCACAACUUGGUUUGCCUGUGGUCGACUGCGAUGGCAUGGGCCGAGCAUUUCCACAGCUAGAAAUGUUUGUUCCAAGCAUUGAAGGAUUACCUUUAUGUCCAUCGACAAUUGUUGCUUCCCAAACAUCCAGCAAAGUUAUAACAUAUUGUGCCACUGCCCAAGAUUUAGAGAACGAUUUGCGAGAGUUGAUUGUAGCUGAAAUGGGAUGUAUGGCUGGUUUAACAAUGGCCCCAUUGACACGAGAAGAAAUUCAUAAACACACGGUAAUGUUCUCAAUAAGUCGAGCUUGGACAUUAGGAAAUGCAGUGAAAAUGGCUCAAAAGGAAAAACAAUGUCCAGUAAAAGCUAUCCUCGACUCACAGAAUGGAAAGCUUCUCAUAACUGGAAAGAUAACCGACGUUGAUAGACGAACAGAAGAUGGUUUUACCAAAGGUGUCACUGACAUCGACGGUUUGGAUAAGUUUGCUAAGUCUUCCAUGAAAAUACUUUUUAAAAAUGAGAACAUUGUUGCCAAAAUAAUAACUUGUGAUGGAGAAGCGAAAGUUUUGGCGACAGUCCCUGAUCUCAUCUCCAUUCUGGAUUCACAGAGCGGAGAAGUAAUCCCAAAUGAGGAAGUUCGCUACGGUCUACGCGUGUCUGUUAUAGUUUUACCUUGUUCACCAUUGCUGCGUACAGAGAAGGCUUUAAAGAUUGUUGGUCCUCACGCUUUUGGUUAUCAAGAAUAUUCAUAUGAAGCUUGUGGUGUUUACGAAGAGACGAGACCUAUACCUACAUUAAGAUGAACCUCUUGACGUAUUUGGAAUUUUUAGAAAGGUAGGAAGAAACUAUAGUGUAGAAUUUUGUCAGUAGUGUGCAACCCUCCUAGCUUUGGCCAAAAGGGGGUGCAGGAGGGAGGUAAUUUUGUACGAAAUAUCAAUGUACCAAUUGUGAUCACAAUUCAAAAAAUAAAUCACAAUCAUGGACUAAAGUAAUAGAAUUCAACAAAAAAGUCAAACAUGACACAGGGACACCCAUGUGCAAAGUAGCCACGCAUAUCUAAAAUGUCCUUGAGCACCCCCAUACACCCCUGCAUCCACCAAGUCCGACUUAGAAUUAAUGCUUGUUAACAAGUAAUAGUUAAUAAAAAAAUCUUUGUAUUUGUGUUUCAACAAA